AUGGCUACAGGUAAAGCUACUGGGCUGGUCACUACAACGAGGGUAACUCACGCCACUCCUGCGGCCAUGUAUGCCCACUCCGCCAGCAGAUACUGGGAGUCUGAUGAUAAGAUGCCAGAAGGUUCCCGUAGUACGUGUAAAGACAUCGCUAGGCAACUGGUAGAAGAUGAACCUGGCCGCCACAUAAACGUAAUACUCGGUGGAGGACGUCGUCAUUUCCUGCCAAAAAACAUGCGAGAUCCUGAAAGGCCAGCUAACUUAGGUCGACGUGGGGACGGAAGGAACCUGAUUGAAGAGUGGCUUAGGGACAAAAAGUCACGAGAACUUCGCCAUCGUUUUGUGUGGAAGAAAGAAGACUUUGAAGCUGUUGAUACUGGGAGGAUCGACUAUUUGUUAGGGUUGUUUGACUACUCUCAUAUGACUUAUGAAACUGACCGAGACAGCAGUCCUACUGGAGAACCCUCCUUGGCUCAGAUGACCCAGAAAGCUAUUGAAAUACUCCGUAGAAACCCUCACGGAUACUUCUUAUUAGUAGAAGGUGGCCGAAUAGACCAUGCCCAUCACUUUAAUAAUGCUUAUCGUGCUCUUACGGACACAUUGGCACUAGAGGACGCUGUAAACAAGGCAUUAGAGAUGACAAGAGCAGACGAUACUUUAAUUGUUGUGACUUCAGAUCAUUCGCACGUGUUUGCUUUUGGUGGUCACCCUAAACGAGGAAAUCCAAUUUUAGGAGACAAUGGACUGUCUAAGGUUAUCCAACGUGAAGAUGAAAUAGCAAAAUUAAAACCUUCCAAAACUUCAACUAAUGACAAAUAA